AUGCCAUGUGUCGAGAAUACGUGGGGUGCAGAAUUGCAGGCCUGGAAGGCCUGUCGAUCUGUUGUUAAGUCGGUGGCAUUCUCGCCUGACGGCCGCCUAGCCUCCGGCUGCCAUAACGGCAUGGUAUGGCUCUGGGAUACUGCGACAGUGCUACAGCAGACUCUUAAGGCCGGUGCUAAUGUGGUCUCGGUGGUAUUCUCGCCCGACGGCGGUCAACUAGCCGCUGGGGUGAGACACCAGAACCAUAUGGUGGAGCUCUGGAAUAUUACGACAGGGGUCCUGCAACUUAGUCUCGGUGGCUAUCCAAAUGGUCCAAUCUCAGUGGCAUUCUCGCCCGACGGCCGCCUAGCCUCCGGCUCCGGCGAUGGUAUAGUCCGGUUCUGGGACACCGCGACAGGGGCCCUACAACGGACUCUCGAGGGCCAUUCAGCUGGUGUGACCUCGCUGUCAUUCUCGCCCGAUGGUCUUCUAGCCUCCGGGUCCGACGAUAACACAAUCAAAAUCUGGAACACUGCAACAGGGGCCCUACAAUGGACUCUCGAGGGCCAUUCAGCUAGUGUGACCUCGCUGUCAUUCUCGCCCGACGGUCUUGUAGCCUCCGGGUCCGACGAUAACACGAUCAAACUCUGGAACACUGCGACAGGGGCCCUAAAACAAACUCUCGAGGGCCAUUCAGCUGGUGUGACCUCGCUGGCAUUCUCACCCGACGGUCGGCUAGCCUCCGGCUCCCAAGACCGCACGGUCCGGCUCUGGGACGCCACAAUAUGGGUCCUACAACAGACUCUCGGAAGUCAUACAGCUGGUGUGACCUCGGUUGCAUUCUCGCCCGACGGCCGCCUGGCCUCUGGCUCUGAAGAUGCCACAGUCAAGCUCUGGGACACCGCGAUAGGGGACCUACAACGGCGUUUAAAGGACUAUUCAGGCACACCUGAGAAAAUGCUAUUCUCUUUCGACGGCCGCCUGCUAGCCUGUGCCUAUGAUAACGACAUAGUCCGCCUCUGGGAUUCCGCGACAGGGGCUCUACAACACACUCUCGAGGGCCAUCUACAGUCAUCUACCCCAGGAAACUUGACCUUCUCAUCCGAUGACCGCCUACUAGCAUCCGGCAAUGCUAGCUGCACACUCCGGCUUUGGGACACCACCACAGGGGUCCUACAACAGACUCUUGAGGGCUAUUGGGGCGUAUUCUCGUCCGACGAUCGUCUCAUGGCCUUUCCCUCCUCUAAGUACAUAGUUGCCCCCUUCGAGCACAAAGUUCGACUCUGGGACAUCCCCAGAGGGGUCCUACGACAUACUUUCGAGGGCCAUUCAGACGAAAUUAACUCGGUUUCCUUCUCGCCAGAUGGCGGGCUACUAGUCUCCGGCUCGCGUGACCGCACAGUUAGACUCUGGGAUACUGUAACAGGGAUUCUACGUCAUACUCUCGUGCAUAUACAGAUGGUUAGUGUGGUGACAUUCUCCCCCAACGGCCGCCUAGUAGUCACAAGCUGCUAUGGCCGCACGGUUCGACUCUGGGACACAGUAACUGGUACCCUACAACAGACUCUCGAGGGUUUUGACUGGCCCGUUUCAUCUUUCGCAUUUUCGUCCGACCGUCACGUACUAGCCUGCGCCUUCGACCUGGAGAACCGUGGAAAUGGUGAAGAAUAUUAA